CUGGUGGCGCAAAGUUGUUCGAGAUUUGACCUUCAUUUCUAAAUCGAAAGGUCGGCAGGAUAAAAAAGUACUGGGAAAUCAACAACAAGGUUCCUAGAUUACUGUGCAGUGCCAUUGGCACCUCAAUCAUGUUGGUUAUGGAGAGAACGUGUCUUUUAUUUUCAGUCUUAUUAUUUUUCGAUUUUACCAUCAGCAUAGGAAAAACUAUUGAUCUCGAUGAAGAAGAAGCGUUGUUGAACGAACUGGACAAACUAUCGGAAACCCGUUCUCAGGAUCCGAAAAGGAAACCAAAUUUUUGCGAAUUCACCGAGCCUUACACAGCCGAAGUAGAGGAAGUUUUCAACAAAACAGAAACAAAAGCUUUUACAAUUCCUUGUUCUGAUUUGAAUGGAGGUCCAGAAACUAGGACGAAGCGAGAUAUGUGCGAGGUGUUCAGAAAAGUCAUCGUGCCGACAAAACACAUGGUAUCAAAGACUCUAUUUCGGACGGUUGAACGGUGUUGCGAUGGUUGGGCAGGAGACGAUUGUAUGACACCUGUUGAUGAUCCAGGAGAAGGGAACAACUUCAAAAGACAAAACCUAAGAAGCAAUCCCGGAUCGUGCCCACAUUAUUCAAGCCCAGGACGUUUCGCAAUUCGUUGUAAAGAUCAGUGCCAAAAUGAUUCAGAUUGUAAAAGAGGUGAAAAGUGUUGCCCUUCAACGUGCUUCGGAAAGAAAUGCCUUAAACCAGUUUAUAAUACAAAGUGUUAUUGUCUUAAUGGAGGAACAUGUGAUGCGAACAACCGCUGUGUUUGCCCCAUUGGAUUUACUGGAACAAGCUGCGUAACACGUAUAAGAUUAAAUGAUAAAGAGAGUUGUGUUAAAGAGAACAUCGUGGUUAAGUAUGGGACCGUAUCAUCCGACACCGUCACACUCAAUGUCUCCCAGGCAAGACUCAUUAUGCAACAACUUGUUGAUAUUGGAGAAAAUGAACUAAAAAGUAAAUGCAAAGGUAAAGCAACUCUCAGACUUGGAACUGUGCAAGUCUCAGUAUCAUCUGGCUACAAGAUCGAGGCAUCGCUGGAAUAUUUGGUGGACGUUGGAUACCGUAAAUGGGAUUUUGCCACCUGUGUUGCACAAGCAAAUGUACUUCAAUCUGUAGUUGAUCACCCUGAAAAGGCUCCAAAAAUCGAAGGACCGUAUUCAUCGUAUGGAGCAACAGAGGUUACUAAAGAUUCUGCUGGCCUGAAUAUUUCGUCGACUUGCUGUGCUCCAGGCUCAGUUGCUGCUAGAAAUGGAAGAUGCCAACCAUGUGCGGCUCAGUCCUAUCACGAUAGAAAUCAAGACCGUUGUAUAAAGUGUCCAGAUAGUGAAUACCAACCAAACAGAGGCAGUACCAGAUGUUUAACGUGUCCAGAUGGUCAAGCGCCAAGAAGCGACAGGACAAGAUGCGAAGUUGCCUGCAUCCCGGCAUGUCAAAACAAUGGAAUUUGUCAGAAUAACAUUUGCUUCUGUCAGUCUGGUUUAUAUGAAGGAAGUUAUUGUGAAAAACCAAUCUGUAGGCAGGGUUGUCUACAUGGAACAUGCAUCAAACCUGGACAAUGCGCGUGUGAUAAAGGAUGGGAAGGAACUAAAUGCCACAAAGCAAUCUGCAGUAAAGCUUGUAAGAAUACCGGUACAUGUGUUGCUCCAGAUACAUGCUCUUGUCCACCAUACUACACAGGUCCUCAAUGUGAUACAGAUUUUUGUCGCGUUCCGUGUGAAAAUGGUGGAACAUGUCGUGCAGGAAAUUGCCUUUGUGCAAGUGGGUGGACUGGUCCAAUCUGCGAGAAAGCGGUGUGCACGGGUGGUUGCGGGCAUGGAAGAUGUGUUUUACCCGAUAAAUGCAGUUGCCCUCCAGGAACGGGAGGACGGAAUUGCGAACUUUCAAUCAUCACAACAACAGCGGCACCAACAUUCGGAGUUUCGCCAGUCCAUCACGAUCCAAAUCUGUGCUUUACGUUUGGUCAAACUCACUACAAGACAUUUGAUGGCAAAUAUUUUUACUAUCCUGGGAAGUGCACAUAUAACUUGCUUCAAGCUUGUGAUGGCGGAGACAGUAUCCAAGUAGCAAAUGAUCCGAAAUGCAGCGAUCUUGCGGAUUGUGCCCGCUCAGUGCGCCUUUACAUGGGGGAACUAGUUAUCAAGCUUGAAUCAGACCGUGUAACAAUCGAUGGCAAAGAAGUUUCACCGCCGUAUUUCAAGAAUAGUAUCGUGAUACAAAGGGUUGCAGGUUACAUUUUACUCUAUGGAUACAAAGAUAUAAGCAUUAGAUGGGAUGGCCAUAGUGGAGUUUAUAUACGUGUGCCUGAGGCGUUUAGGAAUACCACGUGUGGUCUGUGUGGAAACUUUAACGGCAUCCCAGAUGAUGACAUGAAAACCCCAGAUGGAAAGAUCACAACUUCAGUCGCAAGAUUUGGUAACAGCUGGAGCAGGCCGGGUGUAAAUGAGAAAUGUCGAAAUAUACCAGAGAACGAAGUCCGUUUUCCCUGUAGCAAAAAGAGUGAAAUCGAACUGAAUAAGGUUCGAGGAAUGUGUGGAGUCUUGAACGACUUUCCCUUCAGCCUCUGUCAUGGAAGCCUGAAUCCUCAACGUUUUAUAGAGAUGUGUGAGGAGGAUGUUUGCGCUUGCAAUAUAACGUCAGACCCAAACUGUAUAUGCGAUUCAUUGACACAAUACGAGAGAGCAUGCGCUAAAGAAGGAGUGCCGAUUGUAUGGAGGAAGAAAGAUCUUUGCCCUGUGCAAUGUAAAAAUGGUAUGCUGUAUACACCAUGUGGAUCAGCCUGUCCACAAACAUGCGCCGGUUUCGGUAAGUCGAGAUUCCAUUGUAAAGAGCAAUGCGUGGAUGGAUGUCAUUGUCCUACGGGAACAGUUCUGCAGAAUGGACGUUGUUACAAGUUAGAAGAAUGUCCAUGUGAACACAAUAAAAUUUGGCAUAAACCACUCGCACGAAUACCGGUUGACUGUAAUGAUUGUUAUUGUACUGAAGGUCGUUGGAAAUGCACUAAUAGAAUGUGUCCGGGAAUAUGUUCAGCAACAGGCGACCCGCAUUACCGAACUUUUGAUGGCAAGUAUUUCUCAUUCAUGGGUCAAUGUAAAUAUGUCCUUGCCCAAGACGCCGUGGCAGACACUUUCCUUGUGGUUGUCGAUAACUUUCCUUGUGGAGCAGAUAAUACUCAAGCGUGUACAAAGACAGUGACUGUACAUUUCAACAUCACCAAAGUGUACUUAAAAAGAGGCAGUCAAGUAGAAAUCAAUGGACAGGACCUGAUUAUGUUUCCAUACAAACAAAACGGUAUUACCGUGGACAGAUCAUCAUUUAUGACCCGAGUGACAUCCGAUAUUGGUGUCGAAAUAACGUGGGAUGGUAUCAGCACCGUGUAUGUCAUAGUUCAAAGUCACUGGAGUGGCAAAACUAGGGGUCUUUGCGGAAACUUUAACAAAAAUCAAGACGAUGACUUCACAACCAUUGAAAAUAACAUUGAAACUGACGUUGCGCUGUUUGGUGAAUCUUGGAAGAUGGACCCAAGUUGUAAAUCAGUUGUCAGAGAUCAUACCCACCCAUGCAAGGCUCACGUGCAAAGAAGGGACGAAGCUGAAAGAAUGUGCAACAUUUUGAAGAAAGCUCCGUUCACCAAAUGCCAUCAUGUGGUUAACAUUGAUGAAGGAUACUUCCAAAGCUGUAAAUAUGAUGUGUGCGGAUGUCAGGAUGGCACCAAGUGUCUAUGUUCUGCAAUUGCGUCGUAUACACAUGCUUGUGCAAGACAUGGCGUGGAAAUUGACUGGAGAAAUCCUUCCAUUUCGCCUGAAUGCAGUAUUCAUUGUGGUAUUGCUGACCAAAGGUAUCGUGAAUGUGGCUCAUCCUGUAAGAAGAGUUGCCGGGAUCUCUCGAUGAAUACAGACUGCAAAGAAGAAUGCACAGCUGGAUGUUUCUGCCCCAACGGCACCCUCUUAAAUGAUGAUGAUUUAUGUAUUCCAAUAUCUAAAUGUUCUUGCCACCAUGGGGGGAAAGAAUACGAACCAAAUUCUGUUAUAACGAAAAACCGCUGUACUUCAUGCAAAUGCGUUAACGGUGUUUUCGAAUGCGAUAACAGUACAUGUUCAGGUAACGAAUUUCUAGAAACAGUAUGUCCCAAAGGCCAAGCCUGGGUUCCAUGUGGAAAGGAAUGUGCAAAAACCUGCAAAAAUCUUCAUCUACCUUGCUCAAAAACACUUUGCGAAGAAGGAUGCGUAUGUCCUCAAGGCCAAGUCCUUCACAAUGGAGAUUGUGUGAAUCCUGAACAAUGUCCUUGUCAUCGCGGUGGACGAAGUUAUAAAAAUGGCGAAACUUAUCAGCAGGACUGCAAUACAUGCACUUGCACUGGCAAAAGUUGGAAUUGUACACACAAACAGUGUCCAAAAAGCUGUUCCGUCUAUGGGGACUCCCAUUAUACCACGUUCGACAACAAGCGGUAUCAAUUCCACGGUGCAUGCGAUUAUACAUUAGUUCAAGACGAAUGUGGUGGUGAACUAGGCUCUUUUCGUGUGCAGGCAGAGAAUGUUCCUUGCGGUAGCACUGGAAUAACAUGUACCAAGUCGAUAACUAUCACUUUGAACGAUACGCAGAUAAAACUUGUGAGGGGAAGUGAGCCAAAGGCUAGUUCUCUUCCCGGCUCAUCACAGUCGAUACAAAAAGCAAACUACAAGCUGGAGAAGAGCGGACUGUUUCUUAUUCUUCGUACGGAGAUAGGAAUGACAAUCGUAUGGGACUUUGGAACGAGAAUAUACAUCACUUUAGAAACGAGUUUUAGAGGAAAAACGUGUGGUCUUUGUGGCAAUUAUAACGAUGAUCAAAACGACGACUUCACCAGUCCUUCAGGAUCAGUCGAGGUCUCUCCCAGUGAUUUUGGCGACACUUGGAGGAUUACACCUUUCUGUCCCGAAGCCCAAACGCCAAAGCACCCUUGUAGAGUGCAUCCAGAACGAGCUGCCUGGUCACAGAAAACGUGCGGUAUCAUCAAGAGAGGUGUCUUUAAACCGUGUCAUGACGUGGUUGAUCCGGAAAAAUACUACCAAGCUUGUUAUUAUGAUGCUUGCGGUUGCGAUACAGGUGGUGAUUGUGAAUGUAUGUGUACAGCAAUUGCAGCUUACGCAAGAGAGUGUAAUCGACAUGGUGUUCAUAUCAAAUGGAGGUCACAAGAACUUUGUGCUGUCCAAUGUGAGGGAGGAAUGACGUACAAGUCAUGUGGUCCAGCAUGCGCCAACACCUGCUCAAGCCCCUGUGAAAAAAAUGCAGUUUGCCCCGUGGCCUGCGUCGAAGGUUGCCACUGCCCCGAAGGGACAGUCGAGCACAAUGGAAAAUGCAUAAAGCAAGAAGAUUGUCCCUGUGUUUUACAUGGAAAAGUGUACAACGCAACUGCAUUUGUUAUCAGCAAUUGUCAGAGAUGCGUCUGCAAAAAUGGUUGUCUAAACUGUCGAGGUCCAACAUGUACAACAACAGUUACUUCCACAACCCCAGCGAGCACAACAUCAAGUACAACCGAAUCAACAACCACAGGGAGUACAACACCAAGUACAACAUCGAGUACAACACCAAGUACAAAUGGAUCAACAACCACUGUUAGUACAACAGCAAGUACAACGCCAAGUACAACGGAAUCAACAACCACGGGCAGUACAACAUCAAGAACAACACCAAGUACAAAUAGAUCAACAACCACUGCUAGUACAACAGCAAGUACAAAACCAACGGAAUCAACAACCACUGUUAGUACAACAGCAAGUACAAAACCAACGGAAUCAACAACCACGGGCAGUACAACAUCAAGAACAACACCAAGUACAAAUGGAUCAACAACCACUGCUAGUACAACAGCAAGUACAAAACCAACGGAAUCAACAACCACGGGCAGUACAACAUCAAGAACAACACCAAGUACAAAUGGAUCAACAACCACUGUUAGUACAACAGCAAGUACAACACCAAGUACAAAUGGAUCAACAACCACUGCUAGUACAACAGCAAGUACAAAACCAACGGAAUCAACAACCACGGGCAGUACAACAUCAAGAACAACACCAAGUACAAAUGGAUCAACAACCACUGUUAGUACAACAGCAAGUACAACACCAAGUACAAAUGGAUCAACAACCACUGUUAGUACAACAGCAAGUACAAAACCAACGGAAUCAACAACCACGGGCAGUACAACAUCAAGAACAACACCAAGUACAAAUGGAUCAACAACCACUGUUAGUACAACAGCAAGCACAACACCAAGUACAAAUGGAUCAACAACCACUGCUAGUACAACAGCAAGUACAAAACCAACGGAAUCAACAACCACGGGCAGUACAACAUCAAGAACAACACCAAGUACAAAUGGAUCAACAACCACUGUUAGUACAACAGCAAGCACAAAACCAACGGAAUCAACAACCACGGGCAGUACAACAUCAAGAACAACACCAAGUACAAAUAGAUCAACAACCACUGCUAGUACAACAGCAAGUACAACACCAAGUACAAAUGGAUCAACAACCACUGUUAGUACAACAGCAAGUACAACAGCAAGUACAAAUGGAUCAACAACCACAGGUAGUACAACAGCUAGCACAACAUCGAGUACAACCGAAUCAACAACUACAACUGGAUCAACAACUACAGUUAGCACAACACCAAGUACGAAUCGAUCAACCACCACUGUCAGCACUACAGCGAGCACAAAUAUCUCAACCCUAUGCUCAAGCAAGUGCUUUGGUAACUUCCAAUGCCUUAACUGCAAAUGUAUUGCGAAGGAUUGGGUUUGUGACGGUAAUGAAGAUUGUGAUGAUGGUUCAGAUGAGGCCAAUUGUCUUACAACAACAUCAACAACUACAACUCAAACAACGCCGCCGACCCCGACCCCGACACCUGCUUGUCCAAAUAACUUGGUGUACACGAGUUGUUCCCCGAAGUGUAUUCGAAAAUGCCAAUACAUGGCGGACACUUGCCAGUCUUUCACUUUCAAAAACACUAGCAACGGCAACCUGUGUGAACCAGGAUGUGAUUGUCCCAGUAAUACAGUAUUUAACGGCAGUCAUUGCAUUCGCCGUGUGGAAUGUCCAUGCAUACACGACGGUUAUUACCACGAACCACUCAAAGUCUGGACGAUAGGCUGCAAGAUAUGCUCAUGCUGGGACAACAAUGUCACUUGUAGCCCAAAACCUUGCCCGACACUCGGAAAUUGUUUCCCGCCAUUAUUUACAAUAGUGACUGAAAAUUGUUGCCCCAAGUGUUUGCCGUACGAACGUCCCACAACACCAACGUCCAAAUGUCCGGAAAAUGAAUAUGUGUGUUCAGACGGCAGAUGCAUUUUGAAAAGUUGGGUAUGCGACAAAGUGAAAGAUUGUCCUAGUGGUGAAGACGAAGCGAACUGUACAAAUGUGACUCCUAUUUGUCAAGAUGCACUUGGCGUUGAGGCUAAAGGUGCGAUAUCUGACAAGAACUUCUCAUCCUCAUCGGUACACUCAAAUAAUCCGUACUGGAGAGCCAGUGAGGGUCGUCUUAAUGAAACGCAUCACGAAUUUGGUGCUGGUGUAUGGUGUGCUGCUGAUCAUGAUAAAACACCGUGGCUGAGUGUGCGACUACUGGAAAGUGCGCUAAUCACACGGGUUGCUACUCAAGGAUCGCCCUUAAUCUACGCACAGCGGACGAAAUCAUACAAGCUAAGCUACAGUAUUGAUGGGAAAAAAUGGAUUGUUUAUCAAGAAAACGGGACAGAACAUAAUUUCACUGGAAACGUCCUAGCCCGUACAACGAUCUAUAACAGGUUACGUCAUCCAUUUGUGGCUCGUUAUGUGAAGAUCUUACUAGAUACUUGGGGGUCUCAUCCUUGUUUACGACUAGGGUUGUUUGGAUGUCCGCAAGCAGUGACUACAACUGCUCCCAAAACUACACCUAAAAUCACGUCUACAACUUCGAAAUGCGAAGGCUUCCAAUGUGAUAAUGGCGCUUGCAUCAAUAAGAAGUACGUGUGUGAUAAGUAUAAUGACUGUGGUGACAAUUCCGAUGAAAGACAAAACUGUCCGAUUUGCCGUCCUAAUCAGUUCCAAUGUAAGAACGGCAAGUGCACAAACUUCAAUAAUGUCUGCGAUAGUGUGGAUGAUUGUGGGGAUAAUUCUGAUGAAUACCAGAACUGCACGUGUCGUGAACGUACUUGCAACAAUGGGACAUGUUAUCUCUACAAGCAAAUGUGUGAUGGGGUGAGAGAUUGUCAGGCUGGGGAGGACGAAUAUAAUUGUCCUUCAUCUACACCAACAUCAGAAACGAGAUGUCACAAGGGCAAUAUUGCAUGCCCUAAUAGUAACCCACCGAUAUGCAUUCCAAAAAGCUAUUUUUGUGACAACUACAAAGAUUGUCCAGAUAAUUCAGACGAAAAAAAUUGCUGCAAAUCUGGAGAUUUCAUUUGCCUGGGGGGAAACCAAAAAAAGUGCAUACCGAUCUCAUGGCUUUGCGAUGAUAUUCAAGAUUGCGAUGAUGGAGCAGAUGAACAGAACUGCUUCAAUAUACCUCAUAAGAAUAUAACCACUACCUCCAGUACCACUCCAACAACUCAAGGUAAUAUCACAGAAAAGAAUAUAACCACUACCUCCAGUACCACUCCAACAACCCAAGGUAUUACCACAGAAAAGAAUAUAACCACUACCUCCAGUACCACUCCAACAACCCAAGGUAUUAUCACAGAAACAAAUAUAACCACUACCUCCAGUACCACUCCAACAACUCAAGGUAUUAUCACAGAAACAAAUAUAACCACUACCUCCAGUACCACUCCAACAACCCAAGGUAUUAUCACAGAAAAGAAUGUAACCACUACCUCCAGUACCACUCCAACAACUCAAGGUAUUAUCACAAAAAAGAAUAUAACCACUACCUCCAGUACCACUCCAACAACCCAAGGUAUUAUCACAGAAAGGAAUAUAACCACUACCUCCAGUACCACUCCAACAACUCAAGGUAUUAUCACAGAAACAAAUAUAACCACUGCCUCUAGUACCACUCCAACAACCCAAGGUAUUAUCACAGAAAAGAAUAUAACCACUACCUCCAGUACCACUCCAACAACUCAAGGUAAUAUCACAGAAAAGAAUAUAACCACUACCUCCAGUACCACUCCAACAACCCAAGGUAUUAUCACAGAAAAGAAUAUAACCACUACCUCCAGUACCACUCCAACAACUCAAGGUAUUAUCACAGAAACUAAUAUAACCACUGCCUCUAGUACCACUCCAACAACCCAAGGUAUUAUCACAGAAAAGAAUAUAACCACUACCUCCAGUACCACUCCAACAACCCAAGGUAUUAUCACAGAAAAGAAUAUAACCACUACCUCCAUUACUACUACUGGAAUACAAACAACCCCAACAACGCAAAGUAUUAUCACAGAAAAGAAUAUAACCACCACCUCCAGUAACGCUACUUUCAAUCAAACCACCCCAACAACUCAAAGUACAACCACAGAAGGAGGUUUUCGUACUGGCACAGGAAAACCAGUAACAACUAAAAAUUCUGCCGUUGGACUUAAAACCACCCCGAAUGUUACUACAACUAGUAUUACCUCCCUUCCUACAACUGCCCCUGUGUGUGUUCACAAUGGAACAACUUACCAGAUAUAUGAAACAUUCAAAGAAGGUUUAUGCAAAGUUUGCAGAUGCGAAAUGAAUACUCAAAUCAAUUGUACCACGAGUUGCAACAUAGACACAUGCCCAAAGGAUGAAGAGCUGAUUGACGAUAACCCAGAUUCAUGUUGCUAUUGUCAACCUAAAUGUCGAGCAGGAAUGAAGUACAAAAAUUGCUCGUGCACAAAAACGUGCGAGAACACUGAAUGUAUAGAAAAAACGUGUGUUCCCGGAUGUGAAUGUCCUGAAGGAACGUACGACAAUGGCAAAAGUUGUGUAACUCUUAGUCAAUGCUACUGUGUUGUAAAUGGGACAAUUAGACAGCCGCACGAGAUGUGGAAUGAAGGUGAAUGUUUAUCGUGUAAAUGUCAAAAUGGAAAGAAAAAAUGCGGGCAUCUUUGCAAAAUUGAUGGUUGCGGAGAGGGUUAUGUACUACAAAAUCGUCCGGGCGAAUGUUGUAAAUGCGUAGCAGUCACCACUACCACGCCCUUCACACCAAACUGGACAACGAGACCCUGGGAACCACAGUUCUGUGUUCACAAUGGCAAGAAAUACAAAAUAGAAGAAGAAUGGAAGGUUUCUCCUUGCAGGACAUGUGUGUGUGACGCUAAUUUGCAAGUUAUAUGUGACACUUUCACCUGCCAGAAAUGUGCACCGGGAUACACCGAACGCCCGGCAGAUCCUGGCAAAUGUUGUGGAAAAUGUGAACCAUCCGAGUGCAAAACUAAGAAUGGAACAUAUAAGCUCCACGAAGUAUGGUACCCAGACGUAUGCACCAAUUGUUCCUGUAGUGAAAAUGCUACAGUGAAUUGUUUAAAGGCUACGUGUUCGGACUGUCCUGCUGGCCGCGAAGCGGUAAAUGUUACUGGUCGUUGUUGCCCUCGAUGUGUUUCAAUCACUACUCCAACUUUAACCAUCACAACACCAACCACACAAGUGCAAUAUUGUACAUAUAAAGGUCGUCAUUAUGAGGUCGGGUACGUAUGGCGUGAGAAUACUUGUACUAAUUGUACUUGUAACCAUGACUAUACCGUCGAGUGUGACACAAAUAAAUGUCUUACUUGCCGUGAGGGGUAUGUUGCAAUUAACGUAUCUGGGCAAUGCUGUGCUUCAUGUGAACCUAAACAUACAACUACAACACCUUCAUCAACAACUCUUACUACAAUAUCCACGACACCAUCCAUUACAACGCCCACAACAAGACAUUGUGAAAGAAAUGGGACGUAUUACAAGCUCGGACAAAAGUGGAAUGUAACUGCUUGCAAACAGUGUGAAUGUGUAGGAAACUAUGAUGUUAUCUGUCAUGUAACAAGGUCGUGCCCAGUUUGUGCCGAGGGUUUGAAGAGCAUUCCUGUUCCAGGUCAAUGCUGUGACAUUUGUGUUCUACCUACCACUACUGCAUCAUCCACAACAAUAUCCACAACAACAACUGUGACAUUAACAAACUGUUCGCUGAAUGGAGUGUAUCACGAGGUUGGCAAAAUAUGGAAAGAAAGCAACUGCAAGACAUGUACAUGUCAGAGUGAUUAUACAGUUAAUUGUAUAGUGGAAACAUGUGGAAAUUGUCCAAGCGGCUCAAAUGAGAUUUAUUACCCUGGAAAAUGUUGUCCGAAAUGCGUUACGACUCCAACACCAUCUUCCACCACCAUUCCUUCGCCCACGCAAUCUACGGUGAAACCAACCGGUAAUCGAACCACCACCACAACACCUACCACGCCCACCUACUGUAGAAUGGAUGGAAAAAAUUACAGGUUGGGCGAGAAAUGGAAUAAAUCACGUUGCGAGUCCUGUAAAUGUGAAGCUGGUUAUGUUCUUUGCGAUACCACAACUUGUCCAAGCUGUUCUCCGGGUUACACUAACGUAUCACGACCCGGACAGUGCUGUGAUAAAUGUGUUCCACACACCACAACACCACCGAAGUAUUGUACAUUGAAUGGUACACGUAUUGAGGUUGGGAAGACGUGGAAUUUAUCAAAAUGUGAAAAGUGCUUUUGCCAUACUGAUCUUUCCGUCAGUUGCCAAGAAACGGAUUGCUCUGGAUGCCAAAAGGGCUACACAGCCGUUGCUGUUGAAGGAAAAUGUUGUAAGAAAUGUGAAAAAAUUUCAACUACACCUUCGAGUACUCCUUCAACAACAAGCACUACAACACUACCACCGGAAUACUGUAUGGUUAAUGGAUCGCGAUACGAGAUUGGUGAAAAAUGGAAUAAAAGCGUUUGUGAAGUGUGUGAAUGUCGCAGUAAAACGUUAGAAAAGUGUCGCAUUCACACAUGUUCUCCGUGUUCUUUGGGCUACCACCCGGUAAAGCAACCUGGAAAGUGUUGUCCUCUCUGUGUUUCGACCACGCCCUCAGCUCCUGUAAUAUCGACAACAACUCCAGGCUCAACCACCGUGACUAUCCCAACGCAAUAUUCCACCACCCCGACACCGAAACUUUGCGACGUGGUGGCGAAGAAUGUGACUGUCACAAAUAGCCAUGGCUGUAGCGGUGUUUUUGAAAGAACUCAGUGCGUCGGUGGUUGUCAAUCCAGUACAGACAUCGACCUUUUCACAUUCCCAUUUAUACACAGGGACUGUUCAUGUUGUCAGCCUACAGCCAUUGAGCGUGCGCAAGCCACGAUCACGUGUGCUGGAAAGCAUUACCAACAACAAUACAUAGUUAUUCGAGCCUGCAAAUGUACUGCUUGCGGUACUUAUCCGUUGGAGAAAAAGGAGCAAGAAUUCUCACAAAUCAUAAGAAAUAGUACGUCCCCAACUGCCUAACUUUUAGAAUUAUACGGACACCAACUGGGCCAUUACUAUAAUAUUAUAUUUUUUAUUCGUCAAGUUAUACGUUUAAGAGUAACAUAUGGAGUGUGAAUAUUUUAUAAUUCUAUCAUAUAUAUUGUAAGAAUAGGUUGGUGUAAGAUGUAAAAUUUUGUAAUGAUCUUUAUACGAGUGUUCAGUCUGUAAUAGCAAAUAUAAUUCAUUUUUGUGCCAUCUUUGCAAU